UCCAACGUCGGACAAAGUCGCAAUCCAUCCAUCCAUCCUCUGUUGUGUUGGCAGUCUGCUAUCCUUUUUUUUUAAUGUAGUCAUUCAAUUUUGCUUCUCUCAUUCGCUGUCAACUUGCCCAUGGUGGCACUUAUCUGUGACGAAACAUAGUCAAUUAGUAUAUUCCAGCGUACAUUUCUAUUACAGGUAAAGAAUUCGUGAACAACGGUGCUUACUGAGCAGUGAGAAGAAUGGCCAGCCCCAGAACACGACGUGUGUUACAAGACCUUCGACCCAAAAAUUCCAACAAUAAAUGCUUUGAAUGUGGAGCUCACAACCCCCAGUGGGCCAGCGUUACAUAUGGCAUCUGGAUCUGUCUCGAGUGCUCGGGGAAGCACCGGGGAUUGGGUGUUCAUCUGAGCUUUGUACGUUCUGUCACCAUGGACAAGUGGAAAGAGAGUGAGUUGGAGAAAAUGCGCUGUGGGGGCAAUGACCAAGCACGCCGUUUUCUGGAGUCCCACGCAGACUGGGAUCCGAGUGCUCCCAUUGCCCGUCGUUACGAGUCCCGGGCUGCGGCACUUUACAGAGACAAGAUAGCAACUGAAGUUCUGGGGAAGACAUGGAGCGAAGAGACAUCCAAUGCGGGACGAUCUACUAUUCCCAAGAGUAGCUCUGUGCCGGAACCUGACUGUAGUGGCGGGUGGGACAGCUACCAGAGUGGUGCUGGUAAUUUUAGCUACAAUAUGGAGCAGGUGGCUCAUAGCAGGGACAACUUCUUUGAACGGGUGCAAGCCGAAAAUGCUUCACGCAGGGAUGACAUCCCUCCAAGCCAAGGUGGUAAAUACACAGGUUUUGGCAACUCAAUGCCUCGAAGUCAGUCCGCCUCUACAGAAAUAUUCGAUGGUGCCUGGUCAUCACUAAGCAUGGGUUUCUCCAGUCUAGCAUCUAACGCUUCCAAGAUUGCUAGCAAGGCAUCCGAAAACGCACUGAGGAUGGGCAGCUUUGCAGCACAGAAAGUUGUGGAGAUAUCUGGGAAUGUAAAUGAAAAGGUUAAAGAGGGAACACUCAUAGGAGACCUUCAGACUCAAGUGGCCACCUUAGGCGUAAAGGUGGCCGAUGCAAGUCGACGUGGAGUACAUGACUUGUCUACGUUGUUUGCGUCAAGCUCCUUGGAAACUUCUGGAGAGAGGUCCUCUUUGUUGCAGCGGUCUAGAAAACAAGGAGAUUGCAGCGAUGCCCCACUCCUGUUUGAUGCCGAAGAGGACUUGUGGGCAUCUCAGAGCAGUUCACCAACGGAAGAGAAACGCAGAGAUUCAAAAAAGGAAAGUAGGCGCAAGAGUGGAGAUAACAAACUCAUUGACUUGGGACAGGAUGUCAGGGAUAGCGACUGGGAUUCUGGUUGGCAAGAUGGUGGCUGGGAACAGCUGGAUAGAGGCUACCAACGUGUGGGCACGGAAGCGGACUAAUCUUAUGCUUACUGCUGCACUCGUACGUAAAGAUGAAAUAAAUGGAACAUGUUUA